CGCCUGUAGAACAAAGGAAGCAGCAGCAGCAGCAGCAACAACGUGCAGCUCCGCUGCAACACCCGCUCGGGGUGGAGGGGGGAAAGCUACAACCGCAUUUCAACCCCUCUUCCCUGUAUCCCAACAUCCCACGCUCCGCUGUGCAUGCACGUAGCUCCGGCUCGAACCCCCCCGGCCCCCCGUUUCCAAGGGGGUGCUGUACCCCUUUAUUCCGAAGCCCCCGGUGUCCCCGGCGCGGGGGGCACGGUGACAGCGCUAUGUCCCUCCCGCCGGGCACCCGGUUCUUCUGCCCGCCUGGUCCAGCCGCCGGUUCCCUCUGCUGCCCCGGAGCAGGGGGGAGCCCCGAGAUCUGACAUGAGCCACAGGGAGAGGUGCAAAGGGCUUCGCCGGGAGACAGGUUCGGCGGGCGACGCGGUUGAUGGACCCAGCAGAAGCCAAAUGGAAGAAGGGCCAAUUAAUUAUGUGGAAGAAAGGCGGCUGAAGGAGGGCAGCGGGCUCAGCCUGGCCAAUGGGGCCCGGCCGGAGGCGGGGGGCCCGGCGCUGAUGGAGCCGAGCGGCUGGUCACCGGGCCAGCUGCCCGCCACGGGGAAAGCCCACUUGGAAGACGUCAGGAACCUGGUGGCCUUUUCGGCCGUGGCCGAAGCCGUUUCCUCCUACCGGCUGCCAGCCCCGGCGUCGCCGUCGCUGCUCUAUGAGAAGUUCGACUCGGAGAUGAGCCGGGGCGGGCUGAGCACGGCCGAUGGUGUCCCGCGAGGGGAGGACCUGCACGCCCUGAAGGCUGCCCUGGCUUUGGCGAAACACGGUGUGAAGCCCCCCAACUGCAACUGCGACGGCCCCGAGUGCCCCGACUACCUGGAAUGGCUGGAGCAGAAGAUCAAGACGGCUCUCGGCGAAGAGCCGGCCUCACCGCGGCCUCGCGUCACCGCCAACCCCCUGCCACCCCCCCAGGAAGGUGCUAUUGACCCCCAGCCGGUGCCUGAGCCCGCCGAGCCGUGCCCGCCCGACGGCCUCCCCUUCUCUCAGAGCGCCUUGACCAUCGCCAAGGAGAAGAACAUCAGCCUGCAGACCGCCAUAGCCAUCGAAGCCCUCACGCAGCUCUCGGCCGCUCUCCCCCAGCCCGCCGGCGAUGGCCAGCCCCCCCCGCCGCCACCACCGCCGCCCCCCGCUGCCCCCUUCGGCCCCGGCCCCCUCGCCCCAUCAGGGGCCGUGUGGCAGCGAGGGGAUGAGCCCCGUUAUCCACCGGAGCCGGGAGCAGCGCCGGAGCCGUUUUUUGGUGCAGCACCUCCCCGGGGGGGCUUUGCAGCAACAUGGGGGCUGGAAGCCGAGGGGGCAGCGGGGGCUGGAGACCCCAUGGCAGAGCUGGAGCAGCUGCUGGGGAAUGCUGACGACUACAUCAAGGCAGCUUUCAAGAGACCUGAAGCAAUAGCCAGCAAAGCAGCGGCACCUAAAACUGAGCCCCCCGAACGAGCACCCAGUAAAGAAGCACCGAGUGGCCCCCGUUUGCCACUGGCACCCCCGGAGCCCGAUCUGCACAAGAAGACGCAGCUGGUCCUGCAGCAACAUCUCCACCACAAGCGCAGCCUCUUCCUCGAGCAAAGCCUGGCAGCAGCGACGGCGGCACCCCCGGAUCGGCCGAGCGGCUGGUGGGCUCCCAGCGCCCCAUCCGUGCCCCCCAAGCCCUUUGAAAAGCAGGCCAAAGAGAAGAAGAAGAAAACACCACCCGAAAAGCCCCCCCCGGCCAAACCGCUCCGUAAGCAAGUGCAGAUCAAGAAGGCAAAGCAGAAGGACUCGCAACCGCUCUUCCUGCCCCUCUGGCAGAUCAGCCUGGAGGGGUUUCGGGCGCCCGCCGAACCCCCCGCCGAAGAGAUGCAAACCGACCCGCCGCCGGCCUGCCCGCCUCAGCCUCUUGCACUACCCCUGCCCGCCGCUUGCCCCCCGCCACCAAACCCCCUGGACGGCGGCCCCCCGGCUCCCGACUCUCAGGAAAGGGGUGCCCCCGGGGGGGGCCCCCAAAUUCACCCUGCGCCGGCGGGUUCAACCAGCUCUGAGGAAGUACCGGCCGCUCCCCCGCCGGCCGCCCCGGCCCCCAUCAUGGUGGAUGAUAAACUGGAAGAGCUCAUCCGGCAAUUUGAAGCUGAAUUCGGGGAGAAUUUCAACCUGCAGCCCCCCGAAACACCUGCUCCGCUCACUACUGGGGCUGCCGAGGUGCCGGGGGGGUCGGUGCCAGCCCUACAAGUGCCCCCCAACGCCACCACCGCCGCUACAAGCAGCACACCCCAAGCCGGACCCAAAAGCUUUUCGUUCUCACCGGGGAAGGGUCCGCUUUCGGAGUCCCCAUUCACCGCCCGGUCCCCCAAACAGAUCAAAAUCGAAUCUUCUGGUGCUAUCACCGUGGUGUCCACCACGUGCUUUUACUCCGAGGAAAGCCAAAACCCGGACGUGGAUGACACCGACGGGACCCCUACCAAGGACGAGGUGCCGCUGACGCCGACCCUCAGCGGCUUUUUGGAGUCGCCGCUGAAGUACCUGGACACGCCGACCAAAAGCCUCCUGGACACACCAGCCAAGAGGGCACAAGCAGAAUUCCCAACCUGCGACUGUGUUGAGCAAAUCGUGGAGAAGGACGAGGGGCCCUAUUACACCCACCUGGGCUCAGGACCCACCGUGGCGUCCAUCAGGGAGCUUAUGGAGGAACGGUAUGGAGAGAAGGGCAAGGCCAUCCGCAUCGAGAAGGUCAUCUACACGGGGAAGGAGGGGAAGAGCUCCCGGGGCUGCCCCAUCGCCAAGUGGGUGAUCCGGAGACACAACCAAGAGGAGAAGCUGCUGUGCCUGGUGCGGCACCGGGCCGGCCACCACUGCCAGAACGCCGUCAUCAUCAUCCUGAUCCUGGCCUGGGAGGGCAUUCCCCGCACGCUGGGGGACACCCUGUACCAGGAGCUCACCGACACCCUCACCAAGUACGGGAACCCCACCAGCCGCCGCUGCGGCUUGAACGACGAUCGGACCUGUGCGUGCCAAGGCAAGGACCCCAACACCUGCGGCGCUUCCUUCUCCUUCGGCUGCUCUUGGAGCAUGUAUUUCAAUGGGUGCAAAUAUGCCCGGAGCAAAACUCCUCGCAAGUUCAGGCUGGUGGGAGAUAAUCCCAAAGAGGAAGAGUUGCUCCGGAAAAGCUUUCAGGACUUGGCCACCGAGGUUGCUCCACUUUACAAGAGGCUGGCACCACAAGCCUACCAAAACCAGGUUACCAACGAGGACGUGGCGAUCGACUGCCGGCUGGGCUUGAAGGAGGGGAGGCCAUUCUCGGGGGUGACAGCCUGCAUGGACUUCUGUGCUCACGCUCACAAAGAUCAGCAUAACCUCUACAACGGCUGCACGGUGGUCUGCACGCUGACAAAGGAAGACAAUCGCGUGGUGGGGAAAAUCCCUGAAGAUGAGCAACUGCACGUCCUCCCCCUCUACAAGAUGUCCAGCACGGAUGAGUUUGGCAGCGAGGAGAACCAAAACGCCAAGGUGGGCAGCGGGGCCAUCCAGGUGCUCACAUCCUUCCCCAGGGAGGUCCGCAAGCUGCCCGAGCCUGCCAAGUCCUGCCGGCAGAGGCAGCUGGAGGCGAGGAAAGCCGCCGCAGAGAAGAAGAAGCUGCAGAAAGAGAAGCUGAUGACACCGGAGAAGAUCAAGCAAGAGGCGCUCGAGCUCCCCACGCUCCAGCAGAACGCAGGUAUGGCGUUGAAAAGCGGGCUGCCCCCCCAGCCACUGAAACCUUCCAUCAAGGUGGAGCCACCGAGCCAUUACAACGCCUUCAAGUACAACGGCAACGCGGUGGUGGAGAGCUACUCGGUGCUGGGGAGCUGCCGGCCCUCCGAUCCCUACAGCAUGAACAGUGUUUACUCUUACCAUUCCUACUAUGCACAGCCCAAUCUGCCUUCCGUGAACGGGUUUCACUCCAAGUUCGCGCUUCCCUCCUUCGGGUAUUACGGCUUUUCCAGCAACCACGUGUUCCCCUCGCAGUUUCUCAAUUACGGGGCAGCCCGUAAUGCUUCGGGGAGCAACUGGGUGAGCAACGGCUAUGAGAAGAAGCCUGACGUCCCGGCCCUGCAGGAGAACCUCAACCAUACUUAUGGGAAUACCAGUUUCCCUGAGCCCAUCCCGAACAGCGUCCGGAGCAAAAACCAUCACCAGCGCACCUACGAGCGGGCUAACCGCUAUGCCAGCCAGCAGAAGGCAGCGGCGGCGGCGGCCGGGGCGCACAGGACUAGGUCAGGCUCAGAGGAGGCCCAGCCGUUUGCACAGAACUGUUUCAGCAGCCGGCCGAUCAAGCAGGAGCCUCCAGAUCCUCCACCAGCCAUCGAGCCCCUUCCCACCGCAGCCGCCGUGCCCGUCGCUGGGUUAACCCUGCCGACCAUCCCGGCGCGCACUGCGGGACCGGAGCAGCGGUGGAGUCCCUUCAAAGCAUCCCGGGGCACAUCUUCUUCCCCAGAGAGGACUAACACGGCGGAGGGCUCCUGGAGCUCCUUGGGUUCUGGUGGGAGGGAGAAGCCCAGCGCCUUCGAUGCUGCCGCGCGCUUGCCGCCGCCGCCGCCGGGGAAGCAGUGGCCCAACGUUGUGGUGGGAGAGGCGGCGGCAGCGGCGCGGAGCUCGGGCUUGCUGCCGAAACCAUGGAGCCCCUGCAAGCUGGGGGAGGCGGCGCUGUCUGGCACGGCCACCCCGAGCCUGCUGGGGUCGUUGGGUUUUGGCUCAUCCCUACCGGGGCUGCCGGGCUUCCCCGAGGAGCCGUGGGGCUCGGUGAAGGCGGAGGAGCGCAGGACGCCGGUGCCCAGCCCCGGGCUGCAGGAGAAGCCAUGGGAGGCGGCGAUGGGUGAGAAAGGGGCUGUAGGGGCCCGCCGGGAGAAGCCGUGGGAUCCAUUUGGCCUGGAGGAGGAUCUGCCGGAGAAGGCGGUGAAGGAGGAGGAAGAGGAGGAGGAAGAGGAGGAGGAGGAAGAAGAGGAGGAGUGGUCGGACAGCGAGCACAACUUCCUGGAUGAGAACAUCGGCGGGGUGGCCGUGGCGCCGGCGCACGGCUCCAUCCUCAUCGAGUGCGCCCGCCGCGAGCUCCACGCCACCACCCCGCUGAAGAAACCCAACCGCUGCCACCCCACACGCAUCUCCCUGGUCUUCUACCAACACAAGAACUUGAACCAGCCCAACCACGGCCUGGCGCUGUGGGAGGCCAAGAUGAAGCAGUUGGCAGAGCGGGCUCGUGCCCGGCAAGAAGAGGCGGCGCGUUUGGGUCUCCCACCGGACGCCAAAGCCUUCGCCAAGAAACGCAAGUGGGGCGGCGCGUUGGCGACCGAGGCGCCCAGCAAGGAGAGGAGGGACUCGGUCCCCACGCGGCAGGCGGUGGCCAUCCCCACCAACUCUGCCAUCACUGUGUCCUCCUAUGCUUACACCAAGGUGACGGGCCCCUACAGCCGCUGGAUCUGAGACGGAGGCAACCGCCACGGCCCCAUCUUACCUCAACCCUCGGCGGCGCCGGAGCCCGGCGUUGCUUCGUGGUGCUUUCUCCUCGGGCGUGGGGGAGAAGAAAAGGAUUAGAAAUAAAAUAGAUUAAAAAAAAAGAAAAAAAGAAGCAAAACACAAGAAGAACAGAGGAAAGUCAGAAAAAUAAAACCACCCAUCCCACAGAAAGCAAACCCAAUGUCCAAACAGCGGAGCCGGCGCGGGCGCACGCCGUCAGAGGGCUGCGCUUGGCGAGGAGUUGGCAACCAGAGCAAACCUUGGUGAAACCAAAAGAGGACGGUGCUGUUUGAGGCUUUUUGGGAAUCUCCUAUUUAUAGCUCCGUGGUUUUUUUUAAUCCAGCCUCGUGCAAAGGGCCGGAGGAGUCCGUAGCGUCCUUUGGCGAAGGAGAGGUUUUUAAUUCCACUUAAAAAUAAUGCCUAUUUAUUGGAUUUUAUUUUAUUUUAUUUGUUACUCCGACCACAACGACGAAGCCGAUCUUCGAAAGAGAAGCCAACAUGGAAAACUAAACCCAACCUUGAACGCAAAUCAAAUAGAACCCGAUCACCAAACCAGCUUCAAGGCAAGAGGUGACCCCCUCCAGCUCCAACGCAUGGGGGCUGGCGGGGUCUGGUGCUUCACCAUCAGCCAGACACGCUGAAAAUCCAACUCUUUUUUUGCCCAAGGACCUCAAAUUACCUGUUUUUCAACUCGAGGAGCCCUUUCUUACAGCGAGGGACGUCCCGGCACGGCGCCUCUUCGCUCGGCUCCUCGCCGCCGGCGGGAUCGGCUCCGCCGGGAUGGAUCGAGCCGGCGUCUUUCCCAACGCCGGAGACCUCAGGACACGUCCGGGCUGGGGGCUGCCGCUGCCGGGGGCUUGGACUUGGGGGGGAUCCUUUGCUGAUGGUCCCAGGAACGGCGGCGGCAGCUCUAAAAGGAGCCGACAGGACAAAAAAAGAUCCAAAACCAGGAAACAAACCCACCCCAAGCCCAAACUGUGAAUAGCUGGUGUUGCUCUUGUACAUCACUGUUGCUAAAGUCUGGUGCUUUCCGUCUCCGGGGGACUUUCUCCGUGCAAUCGGCUCUGGGAGGAGCGAAUCCCAAGACUUGGCUGGCCAAAACCCCGCUGGUCCGCCUUCCCUGCCGGUGCCGGUGAGCACCGCCGGGGCUCGGUGCUUUAUCUCUUCCCCCGGGUGCCAUCCCUUCUUCCUACGGAUCACCGUUCUUCCCGCAAAACCCCCUUUCCCCAAGGAACAACCCAACCAACGCCGACAACAACCGCGUGGUGCUUUUCGAACAAUCUCAGUCGAAACUUCCCGCCCGUCGCCGAUGCCGAAGCCGCACCGGGAUGGAUGGAUGGAUGGAUGGAUGGAUGGAUGGAUGGAUGGAUGGUCUAGUGGAAGGUGUCCCUGCCCAUGGCAGGGGGUUGGAACUGGAUGAUCUUAAGGUCCUUUCCAACCCAAACCGUUCUAUGAUUCCAUGGAUGGAUGGAUGGAUGGAUGGAUGGAUGGGCGGGCGAGGAGCUGCCCCGUGGCUCACCGGGAGGGCGGCGUGGCCGAAUCCGGGUGCCGGCGUCCCCGGGGAGGUCGUUGCUUUUGCACUUUGAGGUGCCUUUUGGAGAGCCAGCGAGCCAGAGCCGACGCCGUCACCGUGCAGAAAUCACCUUUGUGUUUACUGUUCCCCCUUCCUUCCUCGCGCACUGGCACAGAUCAGCAGGAUCUCGGUUAGAAAGCAGCCGGGUCAUUUCCGUGCUCUUGAUUUUAAACCUGUAAAUAGGGAAAGAAUUUUUUUAAAAGCACUUUCACCUAGAUUUAAAAAAAAAAAAAACAAAAACAAAACAAAACGAAAGCGAAACUUAAAAAAGAGAAAAAAAGAGAAAAAAAGAACCAAGAAAAAAAACCACCACAAAAACCAACCCCAAUCCCUUUUCCCCUCAACCCCCACCAACUUGAAAGCAGUUACGUUUGAAACGAGAUUCUUGUGGGAGAACUGUAAAUACUGGCAGAAUAUUUAACAUGCUUCGUCCGUCCUUCAGAAUUAAUUCCCCCUUUUUUGUUUUUAACUUUUAACCUGUAAAGUCGCGUAUAUUUGACAAGGAAACUCAACGAGCUAUUUACCGCUUUUCUUAGACGUACCCAAUAGCAUAUCAGGAUUGUAGGAGUCGAGGGCGAGUCAGAUUUUAGGGAUAACCCGCAGGCGAUGCUGGUUCCCAUAUGUGGGGAGGGUGAAAAUGGGACCGGGCUGAUCCCGGCCGGCAGCGUUGGACGGGGCCGGAUUCGGGUGCCGGCCCCGGUUGGCGUCGCCUGGCUGGCGUGGCGGGGGUGCCUUGUGAGCUUCGCCUGGAUGGGUUUGGAAUCGGGAGGAGAAGGGGGUCCGUGUAACCUGUCUAAGUCCUGCUUCCUCGGAGGGGGUUGGUUUUGGUGCAGGGAUGGGGGGGAUCCGGCGGGAUCAACCCGGGCUUAAGCGGGGAGAUGCCGGCGCCGCGGGUCGGGGAGCGAGAACUGCUGCAGUCUCACGUUUUUACACUACAUAACGUCUAAACCUACCUCAAAUCUCAGUCAUUAUAAAUGAGCACGCUUCAGACUUGUACGAAAACUCAAAAUCUAUGCACAGCUCUUUACCCCUUGCUGCUGAGAGGCUGUUUUUUCAAGCUAAAGCUUUUCCUUUCCCCGUCCCGGCGGCCGCGCUCGUCCCACCCGUGCCGAAGCCACGGUUAAGGGGCACUCACUUCUUGGGGGGGGUGGGGGGGGCAUGUUUUUAAUCGCUUCGGGGUGCGAUGGGGACCUAAUUUUGCAGCAGGUCGUGGCCGCAAUGGUGCUAGAACAACGCCCGUGGUAGAAACCUUGGGGAGAGCUGGGCUUGGGGAGCCCAAACGGGCUCCUUCCACCUCACUUUUUGGCUUUUCCAGCCACGGUGCUUCACUUUGGGCAGGAAACGGGAAGUGUUUUGGGGUCUCCCCCCCCCCCCCCCCAGUCUUGUCACUCUUGGGACAACGGGAAGGAGAAGGAAAGCAGAAUCCCUGAGGUGCCUCAAUUGCUGAUUUUUCCUUUUAAUACUGGAGUAUGCUUUGUGGGCUCUAUAAGGCAUAUUUUUAUUCAAUGAAAUCUUGUAAUCAAAACGGUGCUAAUGGUGUUUUAACAAACUGUAUCACGCUUCUGCCUGAUUCCAUCUCGCUGAGGUGCUACUAAUGUAUAUACGAAACUCGGGAACCAAGCAAACAAAACAAAAAGCAAUGUCGUGGAGAAGGAAGUUUACUUUUCCGGAGCGACAGCUCGAAGCGUGCCGGGAGCCACUUGGGUUUAUGCAAACCGAGAUCGGAGCCGUUCCCCUCCGGAGUGGGGCCGGGGUGCUGAUGUGGUGCUUGGAUGAGGUGCUCAGUUGAGGUGCUCGGCCACAGAUCAUGGAGGUGGUGGUUGGAUGUGGUGCCUGGGCUCAGCCAGGGUGUGUGAACAUGGUGCUCAACAGCGGUGCUUGGACGUGGUGCUCGAGCAUGGGGCUCGGACGUGGCGUGUGGACACGGUGCUCAGCCAGCCAUCGUGGAUGCGGUGCUUUGGAUGUGGUGCAUGGACACGGUGCUUGGCCAGGGUGUAUGGACAUGGUGCUUGGUCAUGGUGCUUGGGCACGGUGCUCAGCCAUGCAUCAUGGACAUAGCGCUCAGGCGUGGUGCUUGGACGUGGUGUGUCAACACGGUGCGUGGACAAGGUGCUCGACCACGGUGCUUGGACAUGAUGCGUGGACAUGGUGCUCGGGCACGGUGCUCAGCCAUGCGUCGUGGACAUGGUGCUUGGACGUGGUGUGUCAACAUGGUGCGUCGACAUGGUGCUUGACCACGGUGCUUGGACAUGGUGUGUGACCACAGUGCAUGGACAUGGUGCUUGACUACGGCGCUCGACCGCGGUGCUCCAACAUGGUGUGUAGAAAUGGUGCUUGGGCAUGGUGCUGGGCCGCGCACCAUGGACGUGGUGCUUUGGGCACGGUGCUUGGCCACGCACCAUGGACAUGGUGCUUGGGCACGGUGCUGUGCUGUGGUGCGUGGACACAGGAUGCAAGCACAGUGCUCAACUGCGGUGCUCAGACAUGGGGCGUGGGCACGGUGCUGGGGCAUGGUGCUUGUCCGCGCGCCAUGAACAUGGUGUAUGGACAUGGUGCUCACCAGGGUCUGUGAACAUGGUGCUCAGUCACGGUGCUUGGUUACGGUGCUCGACCGCGACGCGUGAACAUGGUGCUCGACCGCGGUGCUUGGACACAGUGUGUGAACCUGGUGCUCAGGCAAGGGGUGUGAACAUGGUGCUCAGCCUGGUGCAUGGGGGUGCUGUGCAUGGACAGUGCACGGUGCACAACCACGGUGCAAGGGCAUGGCAUGUGGAUGCAGUGCUCCGGCACCGUGCAUGACCACGGUGCUCAGCCAUGGUGCUUAGAUGUGGUGCUCAGUCAUGGGGCUCGGGGACGGUGCUUGGGCACGGGGUACGGGCAUGGUGCAUGGACGUGGUGCUUGGGCAUGCUCCGCACAUACGGUGCUCACCCACCGUGCUCAGACACGGUGCUUGGCCGUGGUGCUUGGGCAUGGUGCUUGGCACCGUGCACAGACACAGUGCUUGGCCGUGGUGCUUGGGCAUGGUGCUUGGCACCGUGCACGGACACAGUGCUUGGCCAUGGUGCUUGGGCAUGGUGCUUGGCACCGUGCAUGGACACAGUGUUUGGCCACCCUGUGCACAAACACAAGGCAUGGUGCUCCCUCACCACGCACGGGCACGUGUUGGACCAUGGUGCUUGGGUAUGGUGCUCAUCCACUGUGCACGGGUGCGAUGUUUGGCCGUGGUGCUCAGGCACGGUGCUGGGCACGGCGCCCUGUGGCUGAGCACCGUGCCCCUCCACGGCGCUUGUGCACAGCCCCUGCUUACCCCACGGGACACCCCGGGGCACGUCCCCCGCUCAGCACCGCGCUUGGCACCGCGCUUGGCACCGCGCUCACCCCACAGCUCAUCCUCCCCUCCCCACACCACGGUGUCCGCCCCACGGCGCCGCGCAUCCCGCUUCCGCCCGGCUCUUUCUUUUCCCCCUUUUUUCCCCCCCCCCCUUUUAUUUUCCAUGUUUUGGGGUUUAUUGGUGCUACUUCCUUCCCCUUCGGCUUCCCGUCAGCGCUGGGGCAGCAGCUCCCCCCCACGCCCCCCAACCAAGGCAAAUACCUCAAACCCCCCCCAAUUCCCCGAGCGAAUCCGGGGCGAAUCUUUCCGAAAUCAGGGAUCCUUCCGCAGCGGUUUCUUCCUUAAUUAUUAUGGGUCCCCCCCCCCCCCCCCCUUUUUCCCUUUCCGCCCGGGUUUGUUCCUCAUUUUUCCGCAUCCUUCAGGGAUUUCAAACUGCCGCAAUUUCAGCCUCAUUUUUAACCCCAGGAGCAACUUUUUGGGUUGAUUCUUUUAUUUUUUUUGGGGAGGGGGUGUCAGUUGGUUUUUCCACCACCGCUCCCCCAAACCCCCCUGGAAAAGAGGUAAGAAUCCCACCACAACUCACACAUCAAGCGCCAUUUCUUCUUAGAGUCGGGAAUUCGGUCGGAGGCGGGGAGGGAUUUGGGGGGGGGGUUUUUUGGGAUCACGGAGGAGGGGAGCGGGACGGCGGCAGGCGGAAGGGGGGGGGACACACAUCGGGGGUGUCCCGGCGGCUCCGUAACAUUCACACUUGAAGAUUCCUGGUUGGGACUGUGGUUACUUGAAAUGAAGUUUUGAUCCGGGGUGGAUCGAGGACCGGUAGAUUUUAUCCCCAUGUCUCAAGGCAAUAGGAUUAAUGUGUAUUAAACUGUAGAUACUUUUAGGACAGUAAAUUUAUGCUGAUAAUUUUAUUUUGUAUAAUUUCCCCCCCCUUCCUCUUUAUGUUUGAUUUCUUUUUCCCCCCCUUUAACACCCUUUUUCCCCUUUUUCCCAUGGUUCAGUAAAUUUAUUUUUUAGGAUGCCUAAAAAUGACAAAUUUGGAUCCUUUUUUUCCUCCCCCCUUUCCUUCCCCCCCCCGUUUUGAUUUUGUUCUUUUCGUUUCAUUGCUGGGUUGUUGUUUUUUUUUCUCGUUGGUUUAUUUUGUAAUUUGUAUUUUAUUCUGCGUUGCCGCGGCCGCCGGGCUGUGAAAUGUAUUAUUCCUGAUAUCUUUAAAAUAUUGUGGGUGUUUUAAUAAAUUUUAUAUUUAUUUUUUGCA